UCGAGCUCCGAGCGUCCGUCCGCCGCGCAGCGUCCAGUCCGCCAGCAUGUCGGGGAUCAAGAAGCAGAAGACGGAGAGCCAGCAGAAGUCCACCAACAUCGUCUACCAGGCCCACCACGUGAGCAGGAACAAGAGAGGGCAGGUGGUCGGGACCAGGGGUGGAUUCCGAGGAUGUACGGUGUGGCUGACAGGUCUCUCUGGGGCUGGAAAAACCACCAUCAGCUUUGCUCUGGAAGAGUACCUUGUCUCGCAUGCCAUCCCGUGCUACUCCCUCGAUGGGGACAACGUGCGUCACGGCCUCAACAAGAACCUUGGAUUCUCCCCCGGGGACAGAGAGGAGAAUAUCCGCCGGAUCGCCGAGGUGGCCAAGCUGUUUGCCGAUGCGGGUCUGGUCUGCAUCACCAGCUUCAUUUCUCCUUUCACGAAGGACCGUGAGAAUGCCCGCAAAAUCCACGAAUCGGCAGGACUGCCGUUCUUUGAAAUCUUCGUGGAUGCGCCUCUGAACAUCUGUGAAAGCAGAGACGUGAAAGGCCUCUACAAACGUGCCCGAGCCGGGGAGAUCAAAGGGUUCACGGGUAUUGAUUCUGAUUAUGAGAAACCCGAAACCCCUGAGCGUGUGCUGAAAACCAACUUGUCCUCCGUGAGUGACUGUGUCCAGCAGGUGGUGGAGCUCCUCCAAGAGCAGAACAUCGUACCGCACACGAUCAUGAAAGGUGUCCACGAGCUCUUUGUGCCCGAGAACAAACUUGACCAGGUCCGGGCUGAGGCCGAAGCUCUCCCUUCAUUAGAAAUUACCAAGCUGGAUCUUCAGUGGGUCCAAGUUUUGAGCGAAGGCUGGGCAACUCCCCUCAAAGGUUUCAUGCGAGAGAAGGAAUACUUGCAGGCCAUACACUUCGACACCCUGCUGGACGGCACGGUCCUUCCUGACGGAGUGAUCAACAUGAGUAUCCCCAUCGUGCUGCCCGUCUCUACGGACGAUAAGACACGGCUGGAGGGGCGCAGCGAGUUUGUCCUGACACAUGGUGGACGGAGAGUGGCCGUCUUACGAGACCCUGAAUUCUACGAACAUAGAAAGGAGGAGCGUUGUUCCCGUGUCUGGGGGACAAUGUGUGCAAAACACCCCCACAUCAAAAUGGUGAUGGAAAGCGGGGAUUGGUUGGUUGGUGGAGACCUGCAGGUGCUGGAGAGAAUAAGGUGGAACGACGGGCUGGACCAGUACCGCCUGACGCCUCUGGAGCUCAAGCAGAAAUGUAAAGAGAUGAACGCUGAUGCGGUGUUCGCGUUCCAGCUACGCAAUCCCGUCCACAACGGGCACGCUCUGCUGAUGCAGGACACCCGCCGCAGGCUGCUGGAGCGGGGCUACAAGCACCCGGUGCUCCUGCUGCACCCUCUGGGGGGCUGGACCAAGGAUGACGACGUGCCCCUGGCGUGGCGCAUGAAGCAGCACGCGGCCGUGCUGGAGGAAGGGGUCCUGGACCCCAAGUCAACCAUCGUUGCCAUCUUCCCGUCCCCAAUGCUGUACGCUGGCCCCACAGAGGUCCAGUGGCACUGUAGGUCCCGGAUGAUUGCAGGGGUCAAUUUCUACAUCGUGGGCCGGGACCCUGCAGGCAUGCCCAACCCUGAGACCAAGAAAGACCUGUAUGAACCCACUCAUGGAGGCAAGGUCUUGAGCAUGGCCCCAGGCCUGACCUCGGUGGAAAUCAUUCCAUUCCGUGUGGCUGCCUACAACAAAGCCAAAAAAGCCAUGGACUUCUAUGACCCGGCAAGGCACAACGAGUUUGACUUCAUCUCCGGGACGCGGAUGAGGAAGCUGGCCCGCGAGGGCGAGAAUCCCCCAGAUGGCUUCAUGGCACCCAAAGCAUGGAAAGUCCUGACAGAUUAUUACCGGUCCCUGGAGAAGAACAACUAAGAGCCCUCCGGCUGCAGAGUUUCUUCUCAAAGUGCUCUUGGACUUGCUUUUCUAUUUUUGUGAUUAGAUGCUUUGGACCCAACUGCUUCUCAGUGACUGAUGUUCGUGUUUUACAAUGAGGUAAACAGUGUGUCGAUAAUUUGAAGUCACCUUCAGUCAUAUAUAAAAGAAAGUCCAACUGCAGCUGCCUCCCAGCAGGUGUGGGCCGGGCCAUACUGUUAGCAUUUCAGAACGAACUUGUCUUCUCGACUGCGUCUGAUUCAGUAGAUCCCAGGUUUCUGAAAGUUUUGACCGUGUCUUGUUUACUUGCCAAAAAGUGAAGUGUACUUUCCAGCUUCAGUCUUGCCUGGUGUCACGGCAAUGUGAACCAGAGGAACCACCUCUUCUGCACAACCGACCUAAGGGGGAAAAGAACUCUCUACCCUCACAUGUAGAUUCUCACCCUUUCGACUCCUGCCUCCAGCCCUGUCUCCUCGGGCUCAAGCACGGCCUGCCUGGGGACCCCACCACCUCGGGUCCACGCAGCCUAGCUCUGCAGAGAAAGUGAUGUUGUCUAGGAAAGAAGGGCCAUCUUACCACACUUACAUGAGAACUCAGUUAAAUGGUGAUUUUCAGCUGGAGAGCAGAGGGCACUUUGAGGAAAAGAUUUGCCCCCAAAGCUCAGACGAUCUGGCGUUGUUGUGGGAAGUUAAUUUUUCUCCUCUUUGCUGUGGUCACUGUGUCCUGGGAAAGGCUGCACUGAUAGACUGCAGCUUUGGCCCAGACCAGUCCAGACCAUCAGACUAGCGGGCUGCUGAAAUGGGAGAAGACCCCAGAAACCCUUAUGUCUCAGAGGGGUCCCCAGUAGAUGAUGCCUAGCGUGUGCCUUGGGAGCCACUGAGCACGCUCACAAACGCUCACAGUUGGCAUCAUUAGAAGGUACUGGCGGCACCCGACAGGCUUGCCGUCGCUUGACUGGCAGUCCGGGGCUCCGUCUACACUGUACAACAUGGGAGCUGCCUCUGGCCCCUCAGUUGCUCCACAAAGCUCCUUGCUCGGAAAGCACUUACAAAGCAACCUUCUUGGAUGCCAGGUGCAGAGUUUUCUAAACCCAGCUGAUCUUCGGCAGCUGGAAAAAAUACUUCUCCAAAGACUUGUGCUGUGCUGAGACAUCUAACCUCUGAUGGUUUUACUUCUUGGGAGGUAAUCUUUGUCCUUUAUGCACAACUGCUUGUUGCUAAAGAAUAUAUGAAGAAACCAUACCUUUUGUAGUUAGGUCUCUCUGGAAGAGACUUAAACUGGAAAGAGAAAACUGUGAUUAUUUUUUUCAUAUUUUCAGUUUCUUUUUUAGGAAAAUGCUAAUCUUAGCUACUGAAAGUUCUUUUGAGAAUCAAUUACACACAAUGGCCACAGCAAAGCGUCACUGCCUUGAUUAGUGUAGUGCCUCCGUUGAUUUAAUCAGAGCUACUCAGUACUCCCUUUUUAAAGAACAGCGUAUUUAUUGAAAUCAUGAGAUGGAAUGUAGUGCCUUAAUCAAUAUAUUUUGUGAUUUUUAAGAUAUAUUUAAAACUGCUUUUCUGCUCUUAAUAAUACUUAGUGCAAAUGACUAUUUCUAUGUACCUGUGAGGCUUGUUUUUAUUUUAAUAAAUUGCUCAAAAUGAAA